AUGAAGUCCCUACCAAUAACACUCCCCUUCUUCCUCGCAGCCGUCUACGCUCAGAGCUCCGCCUCGCCUACUUCCUCAACCGUAAGCGUGUGGUGGCCUGACACCCCGAUAGAUGGCCCCUUCAACGCAUCCGUCGUAAAUGUCGGGAACGGCCGUACCACCCUCGCCGUCGCCUGUGCCGAGCCCUCCGAGACCAGAACCUGCAGUAUCAUAGGCGAUCUCACAAUGACCUUCGCGUCCGACUACUUCGGCUACGCUACGACCCUCGUCCAGCAGAACACAGCCGUUCUGAUGUACUCCGCAGAGUGUACUGUGGGUGGCGACGCCAGCGCGACAUGCACGGCCACGCGGGGCGGCCGGGCGAUCAUUGAGAGCCUGGCCGCGCCAUCCUGCACCCAACAGGCGGGCACGGCGUCCGACUCCGAGGGCUCCUCCGCUGUAUUUGGGUCGUGCGUUUCGGCAGCGACCGAAACGCCGCCGGCGACGACUACGACGUUUGCUACAGCGGAUGGGGUGGAAACCGUCCCAAUAGUAGUAACAGCGGGUGUGGAGCUGCUUGCUAGUGCUGGUGUGGCAGUCACGACGGCGACGGUCACGUCGACGGGGAGUAGUGCUGGGAGCACGGCGGAGUUGAGCUUGACGCUUGUUAGGAGUGAGUUUGUCCCGUUCUAUUCUGGUUAA